GGAAACAUAUGUGCGUAUUCCUCUCGUUUUACACUCGGUGGUUUGCACUGGUGAAGCCUCGGUAUUUACAACAAUAUUGCCUGAAACCUCUCUGGCGCUGCUGUCCUCCGCAGUCGGACUACGUGUCCACCCGUCGUCACCGCUUUUGUCGUUUUGUCUCCGUUGUCGUCGUUCCCCGUCGGGACUUAUAUAUAUUUGUUUGCAUUUCGGAGCUGUUCCCUAUCAUGUCGGAGCGUGGCAUCCGUCUACUUUGUGCACUGCAGUGGUGCGCAGCUUCGCCACGGAGAAACACCUGUGCGCCUCUCGUCUCCACUGGCCGCAGGCAUGGCUGUUGAGUAGGUAUGGACGCGAACCCACGCACGCACCCAACGACGCGCCGAAACAUCCACGUAGCGCUCACUCACUUGGAACGUGCGGCUCGGUUUCUACCCCUAUGCUUUGUUUGCACCCGGCUUGUUGAACGUCUCAGCCCAUCGGUACGUGGGCCGUCUGUUUCGUAUGGUAUCUUGGCCCUGGCGGAUGCAGCGCCAUCGGCCAGAUUAUAUGUAAAACGGUGGAGGAGCAAUGCUGUGCGUGCGCGCGUGCGUGCAUGUGUGUGUGUGUGUGUGCGUGUCGUGGUGGAUGGCUACGUGGUUCGGGGUUUGGUUGUCCUCAAAAGCAGCAACGGGGAAGUGGAGGGGAGGGGGGCAUGUGGGGGGCGUCUCGCUGCUGUCAGACAGGAUGUAGGGAAGGCUCUAUUGGAGAAGGAUUACCCGACCAUUUUUCGUGAAAAGCAUCGCGGAGAUAUCAUCCCAGUUGACGCAUUGCACACUUGUGCUGUUGGUCCAUUAUCUUUAUGUAACCGCAAUCAUGUAGUCCUGUCUUCUUUCUAUGUUUUACUUAAACAGCAUGCAAUUACACCAGGCUACAGUUCGCCCCCGCCCUCCCCCCGAGGAUCCAUUAAUGCAGCUCAUGCUGAGCAACCUAUGCCAGUCAUACUACAUGUGGGGAACAGAUAACCCUAAGGCGCGGUGUCUGUCUGCAUUUGUCUGAAAGAAAGAGAAGGGAAGCAGCAUGAAUACCGCACAGCCUGGAAACAUGCAAGGAGAGACCUUCCCCCGUUGCAGGCUGGUGAAAUGUCAGGACUGAGGAGCAAUAUUUUCAGAUCAAAUCAGCAGACUGUUUACCAAACAGUGGGGCAAAAAGAGCUGCUUGACACUCACUUACGCCCCGUGUGUGGUUUAAGGCCAUCCCAAUCGCCAACAGACCUGUUAACUAAGCAUUAAUCAGCACAAAACCCCCGCCUCCCCUAACAUUCAGCGAUCCCCAGACGAGCCCAGAUGGAGUGGUCACUAGAUAACGUGAGGGAGAUGGUGGCUGGAGGGAUGCAGUCCAUCCGGGAGUGUGAGAUCUGUGCCUUUGCGAUAGCCAUGUGCGUGCUGCUGCUCUUCAUGUGGUAUUGUUACAGGGUGGGCCGGGAGCACGGCUCCAGCCCUCUGCGAGGGAGGUAUCUGGCCGGGCCCAGCCGAAUCGGAGGGGUGGUGGGGGGCUUCAUGAGUCCCGACUGCCGAGGUAGGGGGAAGGGGAAAAACGGAUCAAUGCUCGAGGAGCAGAACGGCUUCGCCUUCUGCCAGUCGUCAGAGUGCUUCCGGUGCACCAGCGCCGGCGAGAGUCUGAACCAGAGGCUCUAUCACAGCCUGCAGGAUUACGCCAAGCGCUACACCUGGUCCGGUAUGGGCAGGGUGCACAAAGGAGUGCGCGAUCAAGGCCGAUACCUCAACAGCCGACCGACCAUCCAGCGGCCAGAGGUCUUCUUCCUCCCCGACCUGCCGUCGGCUCCUUUCUUCUCCAGAGAGGUGCAGAGGCACGACGUAGAGCUGCUGGAGCAGAGCUUCCCCGCCCUUCUCGCCGAGUUCGAGAGCAUCUACCACCAACCUCCGGCCCGCGGCGGCUCCUCCCUGCCACCGGGAUGGAAAGCCAACAACACUCCCCGCGGGCAGUGGUGGACCUACUACCUGGUCAACCAAGGCACCCCUCUGGUUCUCAAUGUCAGGAGGUGUCCGCGGGCCUGGAGGGUGCUCGGCCAGCUGCGCACCUUCAUCGCCAACAACGUGUUCGGAAACGCCUGCUUCUCUGUGCUCACGCCCGGAGCUUUGAUCACUGAGCAUUACGGUCCAACGAAUGUCCGGCUGCGUUGUCACCUGGGUCUUAGAGUGCCCCCUUCCUGUGAGCUUGUAGUUGGUGGGGAGCCACAAUGCUGGUCUGAGGGCAGCUGUCUGCUUUUUGAUGACUCCUUCCUCCACAGGGCCUUCCACGAGGGCGGCACAGAGGACGGCCUUCGAGUGGUUUUCAUGGUGGACCUCUGGCACCCCAAUGUGGCCGCUGCUGAGAGACAAGCCUUGGACUACAUUUUCACUCCGGGCCGCUUAGAGGACAAGGAAGGGAAAUAAGUGUGAGUGAGAAACCACGUCUGAACAAGACACAUAUGCUGUUUAGGGGAAGUGUCUGUUCGGUUGGGGAACAACUCUUUUUGUGCCUCCAGAACAGCUCUCACAUAUUCUCCAUCACAUGCGGUAUCUUUCUAAACUCUUCUUAGCAGAUGACCAAACAUUGGGCCUCUUUUGUUCAAAACUACGAGAGACAUAAAUAUACAAAUCUUGAAAUGCCGCCAUUGUAUUAACGUGUGUUAACAUGAUGGCAGGGACAUUUUAGCUUAUCGGUCGUUAUUCUAUCUCCAAAAUCUGAAAUUUUCAAUGUAUUUGCGUAUGCACAAUGAUGUGACUGAACACUACAGAUAAGAGCCCAUCAAGAAGUUUCCAUCAAAUACAUUUUCUUUUCAACUUUUGGCCAAUUCUGGAGCAAAAUAAAUUCUUUAUAAGAUUCUUAUAAUUAUAGUGUUACUUUUUCCUCAACAAAUCCAAAUGUUGGAAACUUAUUGUAUCACCUGCAUACAUUUCCCCCAAGGGCUAAAAAAAGAAAUCAUUCAACUUUUUAUAUUUCUCAACACAUUCAGUCACAGUUAAGAUGCUCAUUUUGAGUCAAAUCAAAACCUGAUUGUCAGUGCAUUGGCACAUUUUUAGUUUACAAAAAACACCCACUUUUAAAGUUUUUCCUCCUGAACGAAUGACAAAUCUCUUGCUUGCAGAAUGGUGAAAUAUUCACAGCCGAAUCAAUCACAGCCGAGGUUAAGCUAAAGCUGAGGGAUAUUUUCAGCAGUGCUGAUAACCUUAAUCCAAAGGUUGUCAAACACAUUAAACAAAAUAAUACUGUGUUGUUCCCCAGUGGCUUUACAAAUAAAUGCAUUCAAUUUAAAUGUAUGUAAACUAAACAAAUUUAAUGUAAUAAUGUUGCUGGGAUAAUAACUAAAGAUGGUAAUAAUUCAUUAUUUAAAGUCAUUUCUAAUGUUACCGAUCACUGUAUUGUUUUUUUUUUUUUGAUAGAUGUGAUGGCGGAGGUCCAAUGUUGAUCAUGUCAUGAAUGUUUACAGACGCAGCUAGUAUCCGCGUCAUGACUCCUGCCAGUGUGUUAAUUGUGCUCCCCUUUGAACAAUCAAUCCUGCUUUCAAAGACACGGUUAGAUAAGCACAUUUUUAUGUGUGUGAGUCGGCCUGUGCUGUAACACUGGAGGUGAAGCGUUUUGGUAAAUUUACUAAACCCUCGUAAUUUGGUUGUAUUUGAUAUGAGGUUUGUAUUUCUGUAAAUAGGGUUGAGGUAAAAAGAAAAAACACAAACUGAAUGGUCUGAAAUGAUUUACAAUGAUUGUCUUCAAUGCUAUAACUAUUGUGUUGUCAUGAUUUACAGCUAAAGUGAUUACAUUUCAUUCUGUUUCAUUCAAUCAUUUUUGAUAGAUUCAAUUUGUAGAUUCUGUAAAUUGCUUGAAAUGAAGUACGAUCUCUGUUGUUUUGUGAUAUCUUUAUUUAUAAUCAAUAUGUUAUUUAGUAGCCCCAUAUGGUAUCCAUUUUUAAUGCCACAAUCCUUAAUUCCUCAAAAGCAUUUCAUUGGUAUAUGUGCACAAAAUGUAACUUCAGCAGCUUUACAGGUCCAUCUAUUCAAUUAUAAUGUUUACAACAUCGGCCAACACCGACACUCACAUUGAGCUGUCCAUAAUUAGGUUUAAAAUCAAGAGUGCUGUUAAGAGCAAAACUGUCAUUCCCAAAGCAUUGCUUCACAUAUGCAGCAUAUGAUGGGGCAACCAUUUUGUUUACAUUAGGAUUAAGGAUUUGUCCUUUAACGCAUUCUUGUGUGGAUUUCCAACAGUAUUUCUGUACAUUUAAUAAAUGGUUGAGUAUCUUAUUUAACCA